GUAGUGCAAGGCAAAACGGUGGCAAUCCUGCAACUAAAACAACCCUAGACAUAUAUCGACAACUAUUAGCAAUCGAAAAACAACGAGGCUGGAAUAACGUUUUGGAAAUUAUAACAGGGCAGCCUUUUUAGAGAAACACACACUUUAAGGAGACGCAUAAGAGCUCUCAAAUUGUCGCCGGUGGAAGCUAACAUUGAACUCCACCAGUCCGGUCAAACUUACACUCUGUUUCAACAAGGUCUACAUUCUAGGAUAGCGAGAAGAUCCGGGCAGUACCGUAAGGAGACCGAGGCAGACUGAAGCACGUAGUGCGGAUUGCAGAGAGGUAGAAGUCGUAACGGUGCUGGGAGAAGACAGAGACACCGGAGCAGACGCCAAGGGAAUUACGGGGAAGCCCAAAUGGAGGGUCGAAAACCGUGGCGGAAGGUGGCAGAAGCUUUGAGCACAGACGAUCAGAAGCAACAUGAAGAAGAACCGCCGAAAAUGGCCGGCCUAGGUCAGGGUCCGGAAGAGCCAGCCCUCCAAGGAGCAAGUGCGGUGGGGAGUGGCGCCCGAAUCAUGCCACAAACGAUGGAACUGCCCGACCUAGGUCAGGGUCCGGAAGAGCGAGCCCUCCAAGAAGCAAGGGUGAUCGGGCGAGACGCACGAAUCAUGCCACAGGCGAUGGUACUGUCCGCCCUAGGUCAGAGUCCGGAAGAGCAAGCCCGCCAAGAAGCAAGGGUGAUCGGGCGAGACGCACGAAUCAUGCCACAUACGAUGGAACUGGCCGCCCUAGGUCAGGGUCCGGAAGAGCGAGCCCUCCAAGAAGCAAGGGUGAUCGGGCGUGUCGCCCGAAUCAUGCCACAGGCGAUGGUACUGUCCGCCCUAGGUCAGAGUCCGGAAGAGCAAGCCCGCCAAGAAGCAAGGGUGAUCGGGCGAGACGCACGAAUCAUGCCACAUACGAUGGAACUGGCCGCCCUAGGUCAGGGUCCGGAAGAGCGAGCCCUCCAAGAAGCAAGGGUGAUCGGGCGAGACGCACGAAUCAUGCCACAGGCGAUGGUACUGUCCGCCCUAGGUCAGAGUCCGGAAGAGCAAGCCCGCCAAGAAGCAAGGGUGAUCGGGCGAGACGCACGAAUCAUGCCACAUACGAUGGAACUGGCCGCCCUAGGUCAGGGUCCGGAAGAGCGAGCCCUCCAAGAAGCAAGGGUGAUCGGGCGUGUCGCCCGAAUCAUGCCACAGGCGAUGGUACUGUCCGCCCUAGGUCAGAGUCCGGAAGAGCAAGCCCGCCAAGAAGCAAGGGUGAUCGGGCGAGACGCACGAAUCAUGCCACAUACGAUGGAACUGGCCGCCCUAGGUCAGGGUCCGGAAGAGCGAGCCCUCCAAGAAGCAAGGGUGAUCGGGCGAGACGCACGAAUCAUGCCACAGGCGAUGGUACUGUCCGCCCUAGGUCAGAGUCCGGAAGAGCAAGCCCGCCAAGAAGCAAGGGUGAUCGGGCGAGACGCACGAAUCAUGCCACAUACGAUGGAACUGGCCGCCCUAGGUCAGGGUCCGGAAGAGCGAGCCCUCCAAGAAGCAAGGGUGAUCGGGCGUGUCGCCCGAAUCAUGCCACAGGCGAUGGUACUGUCCGCCCUAGGUCAGAGUCCGGAAGAGCAAGCCCGCCAAGAAGCAAGGGUGAUCGGGCGAGACGCACGAAUCAUGCCACAUACGAUGGAACUGGCCGCCCUAGGUCAGGGUCCGGAAGAGCGAGCCCUCCAAGAAGCAAGGGUGAUCGGGCGAGACGCACGAAUCAUGCCACAGGCGAUGGUACUGUCCGCCCUAGGUCAGAGUCCGGAAGAGCAAGCCCGCCAAGAAGCAAGGGUGAUCGGGCGAGACGCACGAAUCAUGCCACAUACGAUGGAACUGGCCGCCCUAGGUCAGGGUCCGGAAGAGCGAGCCCUCCAAGAAGCAAGGGUGAUCGGGCGUGUCGCCCGAAUCAUGCCACAGGCGAUGGUACUGUCCGCCCUAGGUCAGAGUCCGGAAGAGCAAGCCCGCCAAGAAGCAAGGGUGAUCGGGCGAGACGCACGAAUCAUGCCACAUACGAUGGAACUGGCCGCCCUAGGUCAGGGUCCGGAAGAGCGAGCCCUCCAAGAAGCAAGGGUGAUCGGGCGUGUCGCCCGAAUCAUGCCACAGGCGAUGGUACUGUCCGCCCUAGGUCAGAGUCCGGAAGAGCAAGCCCGCCAAGAAGCAAGGGUGAUCGGGCGAGACGCACGAAUCAUGCCACAUACGAUGGAACUGGCCGCCCUAGGUCAGGGUCCGGAAGAGCGAGCCCUCCAAGAAGCAAGGGUGAUCGGGCGUGUCGCCCGAAUCAUGCCACAGGCGAUGGUACUGUCCGCCCUAGGUCAGAGUCCGGAAGAGCAAGCCCGCCAAGAAGCAAGGGUGAUCGGGCGAGACGCACGAAUCAUGCCACAUACGAUGGAACUGGCCGCCCUAGGUCAGGGUCCGGAGGAGCAGGGCCAGGGACCUGACUGCAGACCGGAUCUUACCGGGGACCGCCCCAGUCUUCAAGGAGGCGGAACUAAGCCCCAAAGUGAGGGGGGAGACGUCGGGCGUCAAGGCUGACCGCCUGGAAGCAAUAAAGCCCCGCAGCCCAACCGCUUGGCAGCAUGGAGAGAGU